AUGAAAUUACUAACCUUCAAUACAUAUGUAUAUAUAGAAUACAUUCAAAGUCUUGCAUCAUUAAAAGAACAACAACAAGAGGAAAUAAACAUUCUUAAACAAGCUCUGUUACAUUUACAAGAAGAGAAUACACAAUUGAAACAAGAAGUAGAAGACUUGCGUAAAUCUAAUCAAUCCAAUAAAUCGUAUAUAACAUCACCACUUUCACCUCCACAUAAUCCUACUACAUUAUCAUCAGCAGAUUUCAAUAACAUGAAUGUAACAGCGCCUAAAUUUACAAAUAUCAACAACAUUAACAAUGGUAACGGCAACUUACAAAAAAGUAAAUCAUCACCAUCAAUUACAAAUGCUCAUCAACCAGCUUCACCAACUUCUCGUUACUUGGUAAUUCCAAAUGUUAAUAAAGACGCAUCUCCUACAUCUUCAUCUUCGUCAUCAAAUACGACAAAACAAAAAAUUUGGCAAGAUUCUCGUGUCAGAGUACAAACCACAUUUGUUCCUGAAUUUAAUUUCAAUAAACAUUUGUUUGAAGAAAAAGUGGGUUUUUCAUAUUCAAAUCUUUACGAAGCAAUUGUUACUACACCUAAACAACAAAUGAUUUCUGCUCUAUUUCGAAAUCCUGUUGCUUUACCUGAACUUCUUCCUCCUUUAAAAAAUGAAAAGGAUGAUAAUGAUGGUAUUCAUGUUCAACAAACGAUUAAUGAUGAACAACAAGUGAUGGUAGAAGAAGAAGAAGAGCUAUUAAAUAAUAACAUAAUGGUAGAAUCAAUUAAAGAAGCAUCGGUUCUUGAUUGGUUAUAUGAUUCAAUGGUGCAACAAGUAAUUGAGCAAAGUCAAAUUGAAGCUAGAAUUAUGGAGCUUAGUAGUGAUUGGGUUGGCGAUGAUUUGGAUGAUAAUGUGUUACCAUUGUUAUUUUAG